GGUGGUUGGUGUGCAUGAAUGUGUUCUGCACCGUACGGGCGGAAAAAGCGCCCAAGGUCUGCAGGGAGUAUUUUCCCCGUCAGUAAAGGGGCGCAGACGGAGCCGGAGCGCAGGGAGAGCGCGGAAGGGGCCGUGGACGGCAGCAGGAUGACUGUCCAGGAAUUCAACACCCUCGUAGCGCUGUACCGGGAGCAGGUCAUCUCCGUCGGGGAGAUCUCAGCCGACUGUCCGUCUCUGCGGGCUCAGAUGCACCACACGCGGUCCAAAGGAUGCUCCAUGGCCCGGGCAGCGCACCAGGACCUCGCCGUCAUCUCCGUGUCAGGUCCAGAGGACGGAGAGAUCCACCCUGAGAUCUGUCGGCUCUUCAUCCAGCUGCAGUGCUGCCUGGAGAUGUUCAUAACGGAGAUGCUCAAGUCCAUGUGCCUGCUGGGGGUGCUGCAGCUGCACAGGAAAAGAACAGACUCGGAGCCGAAGGUGGACUUCAGGAUGGAUGAAAGCUCAGAUGUUCCCAUCCUGGAAGACCGAUCCUCGUCUCCCAUAGACUUCCCUCAGGAGCAGUGGUUGGUGGGAACCGACAUUGAAAACAUAGAGAGCCGCUUCGUUCUGCUGCUCCAGCUCCUCGGCUGCAUAUCAGCAGGUCUGGCCUGUUUCUGCGAUCGAUACCCAUGGAGCUCCUGGUCCACCUGCUCCAGAACCUGUAACUACGGCACACAGCAGAGAAGCAGGAACUUUCAAAAAAAUGAUGGUUAUUACCAUCGGAGCAGCUGCGCUCAGCUGUGUGAGAGUGUCGACAGGAGAAGCUGUAACGAACAGGCCUGUCCAAUCAACUGCCUGCUGACAGAGUUCGGGCCUUGGUCUGACUGUUCGCCCUGCGCCAAGAAACAGUUUCGGACCCGGGCCGUGCAGAGGCCGUCCCAGUUUGGUGGAGCAGACUGCAGUCCGGAGCUGAUGGAGGAGAGGCCCUGUUACCCCUCCACAGAGUGCAAGUUAGCACCCAUCGACUGCAGAGACGACUUCAAGUGUGAUAACGGACGCUGCAUCAACUCGACGCUGACGUGCAACAGACAGAACGACUGUGGAGAUAACUCUGAUGAGAAGAACUGCGUAAAUCCUACAGUUGUGUGUCCAGCAGAGAGGAGAGUGGCCCCUGGGGCCGACCUGGUGGGGAACGGGUUUGAUGCUAUAGCGGAGGAGCCGAGGGGAGCGGUGCUGGACAACAUGUUUAUGGGAGGAAGUUGCAUCAUCAGGAGGCCUCCGACCACGCUGCUCUACCAUCGAGUACCUCACAACUUUGAGAGCUUUGAGAUUAAGGCUGGGCAGGUGGAGGACUUCAGCACUGACCCCCAGACAGUACACACAGACCCAAUCAAUGUGAAGACGUCUGGUUCGGGCGGAGACAACGUCGGAAUAGACAGAGAGCAUUUUUACUUCCCCUUCGCUCUCUACAGGAACUCUAAGACAUACAGUCACGCUUUUGAAGCUUCAAAGACAACGGACUCCAAGUUUUUCCGGGUGCACCAGGUUCUUCCCGUGUCCAAGUUCAAGGUGAAAGAACCGGGUGACGUCGUCCUGUCGCUGCCUUUCCUCCAGUUCCUUCACGCUCUUCCUCUCGAGUACAACUACGCCCUCUACAGGGACAUCUUCCAGCGCUUCGGGACGCACUACUACAGCUCGGGGACGCUGGGAGGCCACUACGACCUGCUGUACCAGUACAACCGAGAGGAACUCAAGAGUUCAGGUCAAACAGAAGAGCACGUCAAAGGUUGCCUGAACAGCGAAACCACCUGGUCCAUCAUCCUCUACACCGAACACAGCAGGGUGUCCCGGUGCUCUGACAACAAGAUGACUGAGAAAUAUGAAGGCUCGUUCAUUAAGGCAGCAGAGAAGUCUUUCUCCCUGGUGAAAGGAGGAAGAACCAGAGAGGCAGCAGCUCUGGCCUGGGAGAGGCAGGGCCCCGCUCCGGACCGGACAUCCUACAGUAACUGGGCCAAGUCGGUCCUGGACAACCCUGCUGUGGUCGAUUACAAGCUAAAGCCGAUCAUAGAUCUGGUUCGGGGGAUCCCCUGCGCGGCCACAAAGAGGCGACACCUGAGGACGGCCCUCCUGCAGUACCUGGAGGAAUUUGACACCUGCAAGUGUGCUCCCUGUCCCAACAACGGCAAACCAGUUCUGUCUGGCACAGAAUGCAAGUGCGUCUGCCAGACCGGCACCUUCGGCACCAACUGUGAGAAACGGGCUCCUGACUUCACCUCAGAGGAGGUGGAUGGUUACUGGAGCUGCUGGAGCCCAUGGAGUCGCUGUUCAGCCUCCAUGAAGAGACAUCGGAGGAGGCGGUGUGAUAACCCCGCUCCCCUCAGAGGAGGCCAACCCUGCAAAGGUGCCGACAGACAGGAGGAGCCAUGUCACAUCUCCAUCUUUGCAAGACAGGAGACGUGCGACAAUGACGACGACUUCACUGUGGGCUGGAGGAACGAGCUGCCUCCUGGUGUGCAGGGCUGUCUGCGGCCACAGAGCCCCGACAACAGCUUCCUCAGGAAAUCAAAGCAGUAUUACAACUUUGGUGAGGACGAGGAGUUCCAGUGCUACACUGGGUUUGACAUGGAGGGUUUUCAGUACAUCAACUGUCUUCCUGAUGGAACCUGGAGUCAUCCAAGUGGAAAAUGCAUCAGAAAGAUCUGUCUUCCUCCCGAGAUCCCUGACGAGAUGUCGCUGUUCCCCGACAAAGACGAGUACAGAGUGGGGGAGUCGGUGGGUUUGAACUGUAACGAGGCGGGCCUGAUGCCGCUGCCGCAGAGUGUCUACAGGUGCGGUGACGGUCUCACCUGGGAGCCUCCGUUAGCUGCUGACCUCCGCUGCUCCAACGAACAGCCAUUUGUUCCUGAUGGUCAGUGUGCUCCAGGACAGAAGGUACAGGGCUCUAAAUGUGUCUGCAUCCAACGGGAGAGCUGCCUUUCACAACCAGCGAGUCUCUGCAUCCUGAACGUAGAGGUCAGUGUCACUGUGGAGAUGCCCCUCUGCUCCUUCCACGCUGGUCGCUGCCACGGCGACCCGCUCUUCUUCGUCAAUGAUGGUAAGUGUGACGCAGCCGACGCAGGGAAACUGGAGUGGGCCAAGUUCAGAGCCAAAAUGUCUUCCAAGAGCUCCGUGCAGGAGCCCUGUGACCUCGACACCUGCUACGAAUGGGAGACCUGCUCUGCGGCUAAGAAGUGUGAGUGCCGAGCUGCUCGGGACUGCCCCAGAGUUGAACAGCACACGUUCUGCGUGAAGCUGACCAGGACCCAGAGGACUCGGAGUCUGGACCUUUGCUCCAUGGCCGCUCUCAAAUGUGCCAGCUAUCAGUUUGAGAUUCUCAAUGAAGGCGCGUGUGAGUCCAGAUGAUUCUACUAAAGGUUUUUCUAAGCCGUUAACAUUAAAAAAAUCACAAAUGUAGAGACAGUAUAGGCAUUAGUGCACGUUGCACCAUGUUACUCUUCAAAAAAUUACAUUAUAUUUAUAAAAAUAAGCUAUACUGGCAAGCAGGUAGAAGAUCCAAGUACCUGACACAACUUAGAACCAAAUGCAUCAUUGGAUUUGCACCAAAUUUGGUAUGGACGAUCAGGGGUAUAUAUCGGAUGUGCAUACAGAAUUUUGUGUCCUUUGGAGAAAUGGUUUGGAGCAAAAAUAUCAUUAAAUUGUUCACUCUUUCUAAGUUUUCACCAAAGCUGGUCUGACUGCACUGGAGGACAAACGCCAGGUGUUUUUUUGGGGGGGACGAUUUUUGUCAUUUUAUUCUGAUAAUUUAAUAUUCUGCCUCUUUGAGAAUUCAACUUGGUAAAUUAAUAACCUGUAAAGCACAAACUGGCAGUUUUUAAUGACAGAGAGGGAAGCUGUUGUCAGUCAGUCAAGUCUAAUCACAGGAACAGAGUGGGAUAUUUACACUUGCUAAAUGUUCUUCACAUGGAAUAAAAAGAAUUUAAAGAAUCGUAACAA